UCCCGGCCCCGGGUCGGCGUCCGUCCGCCCGGCCCCCGCUUCGGCCCGGCGCCCCCGAGCCGCGGCCCCCUCCCAGCGCAGGGGACGGUGGCCGCGGCCGGGCGGGCGCGGCGCGGGGGCAGGGCGGGCGUAUUCAAUGGAAGUAUGCUACCAGCUGCCGGUGCUGCCCCUGGACAGGCCGGUCCCCCAGCACGUCCUCAGCCGCCGAGGGGCCAUCAGCUUCAGCUCCAGCUCCGCGCUCUUCGGCUGCCCUAAUCCCCGGCAGCUCUCGCAGAGGCGAGGAGCUAUUUCCUAUGACAGUUCUGACCAGACGGCAUUGUACAUUCGUAUGCUAGGAGAUGUACGUGUAAGGAGUCGAGCAGGAUUUGAAUCAGAAAGAAGAGGUUCUCAUCCAUAUAUUGAUUUUCGUAUUUUUCACUCUCAAUCUGAAAUUGAAGUUUCUGUCUCUGCAAGGAAUAUCAGAAGGUUACUAAGUUUCCAGCGAUAUCUUAGAUCUUCACGUUUUUUUCGUGGUACUACCAUUUCAAAUUCUCUGAACAUUUUAGAUGAUGAUUAUAAUGGACAAGCCAAGUGUAUGCUGGAAAAAGUUGGAAAUUGGAAUUUUGAUAUCUUUCUAUUUGAUAGACUAACAAAUGGAAAUAGUCUAGUAAGUUUAACCUUUCAUUUAUUUAGUCUUCAUGGAUUAAUUGAGUACUUCCAUUUAGAUAUGAUGAAACUUCGUAGAUUUUUAGUUCUGAUUCAAGAGGAUUACCACAGUCAGAACCCUUACCACAAUGCAGUCCAUGCUGCAGACGUCACUCAGGCCAUGCACUGUUACUUAAAAGAACCGAAGCUUGCCAGUUCUGUAACUCCUUGGGAUAUCUUGCUGAGCUUAAUUGCAGCUGCCACUCAUGAUCUGGAUCACCCAGGUGUUAAUCAGCCUUUUCUUAUUAAAACUAACCAUUACUUGGCAACUUUAUACAAGAAUACCUCAGUAUUGGAAAAUCACCACUGGAGAUCUGCAGUGGGGCUGUUGAGAGAGUCCGGUUUAUUUUCACACAUGCCUUUGGAACACAGGCAGCAGAUGGAGGCCCAGAUAGGUGCUCUGAUACUCGCCACAGAUAUCAGCCGCCAAAACGAGUAUCUGUCACUGUUUAGAUCCCAUUUGGAUAGAGGGGACUUAUGUCUAGAAGAUGCCAGUCACCGGCACUUAGUUUUACAGAUGGCAUUGAAAUGUGCUGAUAUUUGUAACCCAUGUCGGACCUGGGAACUGAGCAAGCAGUGGAGUGAAAAAGUAACAGAAGAAUUCUUCCAUCAAGGAGAUAUAGAAAAAAAGUAUCACUUGGGUGUGAGUCCAUUUUGUGAUCGUCAGACUGAAUCCAUUGCCAACAUCCAGAUUGGUUUUAUGACUUACCUAGUGGAGCCUUUAUUUACAGAAUGGGCCAGGUUUUCAAAUUCCAGGCUGUCCCAGACGAUGCUUGGCCAUGUGGGGCUGAAUAAAGCCGGCUGGAAGGGAAUGCAGCGAGAACAGUCCAGCGGCGAGGACACCGAUGCUGCGUUCGAGGCGUUGAACUCACAGUUAUUACCUCAGGAAAACCGGCUAUCAUGACCCCCAACACCAGGGGGGCCACACUGCCUCUUGGAGGGUUUUAGAAAUGUGAAAUGGGGUCUUGAGGUGGGAGAACUUACUCUUGACUGCCAAGGUUUCCAGGUGAAUGAUGCCAGCAUUAUUUAUUUCCAAGAUUUCCUCCAUUGGAUCAUUUGAACCCACUUUUUAAUUAUAAGACCUGAACACAUAGCAAUAUGCAUUUGGCUUUUGGGUGAAACUUUGAAUAUGCAAAGCCCAGCAGGAGUGAAUCCAAAAGGAGUACCAGAGGAAGUUUUUUGGUGUGCCGCGUGUGUUUUUCAAAGCAAACUAGAAUUUAUUCUUUAAACUGGGAAACUUGAACUGAAUCUAUCAUCAGAGCCCUCUUGGAAUUUAACCAGUCUGAUGUAUCCGUACCUUCCACUAAGUUCUCUCUGAGAAAACGGAAAUGUGAAGUGCCCAGCCUCUGCUGCCUCUGGCAAGACUCAAUGUUUACAAAUCAACUCUGAAAAUAUUGGUUCUAAAUUUGCCUUGGAGCAUGAUUGUGAAGGAACCACUAAAAUUUUUUAAAGAUCAAACCUUAGACUGCAGCUCUUUCCCCCUGGUUUGCCUUUUUUCUUCUUUGGAUGCCACCAAAGCCUCCCAAUUGCUAUAGUUUUAUUUUGUGCACUGGAGACUGAGCAUUCGUUUAUCAUAGAGUUACCGCCAAGCUUUCACUCCAGUGCUGUUUGGCAACGCAAUUUUUUUAACCUCUUAUUUUUUAAUUUAGGGUGGGAGGGGAAGAACACCAGUGUCCUAGCUGUAUUAUGAUUCUGCAGUGAAGACAUUGCAUGUUGUUUUCACUACUGUACACUUGACCUGCACAUGCAAGAAAAAGGUGGAAUGUUUAAAACACCAUAAUCAGCUCAGGGUAUUUGCCAGUCUGAAAUAAAGUGGGAUGGGGAAGUGCGUCCUUCAGAUCAAGGGUACGAAAGUCCCUUUCGCUGCAGUGAGUGAGAGGUGUGUUUGUGUGCAUGUCUGUGCAUGUAUGGCUGUGCAUGUGUUAUAUUUAUCCAUGUGGGAAAGGAUAUGAAAUGUAAGCUUUUAUUUAUUAUUGUAGAAUGUGACCUAAUGGGCAGCCACACUUGGGGGAGGGGAAGGUAGGUAAGCUGUAAUAGAUUGCUCCAGUUGCCUUAAACUAUGCACAAAGCUAAGUGACCAAACUUCUUGUUUUGAUUUGAAAAAAGUGCAUUGUUUUCUUGUCCCUCCCUUUGAUGAAACGUUACCCUUUGAUGGGCCUUUUGAUGUGAACAGAUGUUUUCUAGGCAAAAUUUAAGGACUAAUUUUAAACUGAAAACAUUCCACUUUUGUAAUUUGUUUUAAAUUGUUUUAUGUAUAGUAAGCACAACUGUAAUCUAGUUUUAAGAGAAACCGGUGCUUUCUUUUAGUUCAUUUGUAUUUCCCUUGUUACUGUAAAAGACUGUUUAUUAAUUAUGUUUACAGUUUGUUGCAACAGCCAUUUUCUUGGGAGAAAGCUUGAGUGUAAAGCCAUUUGUAAAAGGCUUUGCCAUACUCAUUUUAAUAUGUGCCUGUUGCUGUUAACUUUUGAUGAAUAAAAACCUAUCUUUUCA